CUAUCAUCAUUAACCCUCGUCUACUGUGUCUUUUUGUGUACAUCCCUUGUCUUUCAGGGAACAUUGGCAUUGGAAGAUUAUAUAUCCCGACCUUUUCAUAGUUUCCAUCUUUUUCCCCUUGUGGAAUUUGCUUUUUGGCUUUCCUCAUUGCCAUAGGAGACAUUUUGCUCUUUAUCUGUUGAUUUCUUUUGCAUAAUGUUUUCCUUUUCUUUGUUCUCUUAUUGCCUACCUUAGGAGGAAAAAUUGCGAAGGAACCCACUCUUUGCAUUCUGGUUCCUUAUCUGUUGUUUCUUUCGUUGGUGCUUUUUCAUGAGUUUUCUCCUUGUGUGUGUACUACUCAUAAGCAGGUUCUUUCCACCUUUUGGAUGUUUCUAAAUGUGAUUGUUUGUGAUUAAUUUUAUGCAAAUGUUGGGUUAAGUAAUAGAAGAGUUGCCAAUACUUACUGUUCUUACUUCUUACAUGAUGCUAGAAUUUUGGUGUAUUUGCGAACUUUAUUGAAAAUCUUUGAUGGAGCAUCUAUCCUAAAGAAUCGAAUAUUUAUCAGUGUGGCCAUUUUCCCCACGAACCCUUUUAAGUUUCCAACUUCCAAGUGAUGAAAAUCUCCUCUCUUACGUCUAAUUGGGGACCCAAGGAGUGGGGAUCUGCUAGAUGGAUCUCUAACAACAGCAUAAUGGAGAACAAGCAGAGGACUAUGAGAAACUUAUAGAGAAAUUCAAAAACUCAACAGGAACCAUUCUGAUGGAGUUUAAAACUCCAGUCAAUUAGCUUCUUAAUGAGGACUAUGAGCUGCUAAGAAAGAUCAGGAAUCAAAGGUCAGUUAGUGUGUGUGAUAGACAGGUCCUUUAUACCAGUGGGAAAACAGAGCACAGGUGAGAGCACUAGAAGAGUAACUAUCCAAAGUCAGUCUUCUGAUUGGGAAAUAUUAGAAUAUUAUUUUGGAAUCUUAAGCAUUAAAUUACAGGCUAAUUAAAUCAGAACAUAGAGAAGUAUGGCAGAUAUGAACUAACAGAAAAGUAAUCAGAAAACCGGGUGCCACAGGUUACUGGAAGAGCAAAGAAAUGACCUCAAUGUUUGAAGAAAUAAAUUGAAAACAGAAGUAUGAAGAAAGAGGAAUAGAAACAGGAAUCCACCUAUUGCAUAGUACUUAGCCCUAACUAGAAGGAAGGUUCAAGAAGUCAGUUUCCACCAGAGUCGGAACCGAACCCUAGCUGAAAUCCUGUAGGUUUCAGUGGAUGGUUUCAUUAGACCAUUUCUGUGGUAAAAAUUCCAUAUUUUGGGCUGAAACUUGACAGAGACCCUAAUUAAGCUUACCUAAAGUCCUAAACACAAUGGAACCUUUAGAUUGCUGAAAAACACACUCAAAAUGUUAGUUUGGUUUCAUACCCUAGGAUGACAGUGUACAUCAUACCUUGCUUAUAUGUUUCUCAAAGAUAGCCUAUGUAACGCAUAAUUUAGCAAUACAAUAUACAAAAAUAAAUGAAAACAACUGAAAUAUGAAAUUACAAGUCACAAAUAGAGAAAAAUCAUUUAGACAUUAUUAAAUGCCAAAAUGUUACAUGUCAACAUCAUGAGUGUACAAUGAGUCAACCCACAUCAAAAGUGAAACUCAAAAUACCGUUGCCUUUCCUCCUAGUCUCCUACUCUAUGUCAAUACCGCAUAGAGUUCUGAGCUGGCCCGAAAGAUGAGAAAGAUUGUUGCCGUCAAUGAAACCGUUCGUCCAACGUGAUCACAAAAGAAGGCCAGGCCAUGGUAUGUCAGAAAAAACACUUAAAAGUCCAUCACAAUAGCUUGAUAGGCCUCACCAUCAACAUAGUCUAGGUACCAUAGUUGUCAAGUAGCCAAGGCGACCCAAGCCAAUAGAGGGGUGCCUAAGUGCUUAGGUGACAAGGCGCACGCUCAGGCGUUGCCUAGGCGACCAAAAUGCUCAAGUGUUAUUUUUUUAUUUUCCCUCUUUUUAACAUUAUUUAGUAUGCUAUAUAUAUCCUAUAUAAUAAAAAAUCAACAUUAAGCCACAUCAAGUCAUCAAAAAUCUUCAUUAAGCCACAUCACGUCAGAAUGUUAGAAAGUUGAAAAUCAACCCUACAACAAAAAAUCCAGUUUUUGUUCUUGGACUGAGGGGUUGGCUUUUUAAUAUAUUUUUAUUGGAUUUAAAGAGGGGAGUUUUUGUAUAUAAUAUCUUAAGUAAAUGUAAUAUUCAUCUACUUAAAUGAUUUUUGACAUAAAUAUGUAUUGCGCCUUGCAGUAAGGCGCCAAUGCAAUAAGUCGCCCAGACCCCAACUAGGCCACCUGAAUGCCUAGUCAUCUCCUAGGCGACGCCUUGACAUCUAUGCUAGAUUGCUAGGUACCCCAACCUCAGAUAUAGAUCAUCGGGUUGGGAAGAUGAUGCAAAUGUGCCUCCACCAUAGCUGCUCGGUGGACCAGGCUGAUAGAGUUGCUGGGGCAUGGGAAGGAGAUAAUGCCAUCCGCAAAAGAUGCUACACCUUGUGACUGAUCAUAAUGAGUAGGGCGGAAUGAGGAUGAUGAAGAGCCAUGCUGAUUAGACCCAUUUUACGCGCUAUACCCAACAUUGGAUGUGUUUGUGAGAUAUGAUGGUGCACAUCACUGUCCCAGUACCCAAACCCACUAUAUCCACUACUACCCUCCAGAUUGAGGCCUCCAAAUGUGCUAGAUAAGGAAGAACCUAGUGGUGUGGGCCUUGGGAAUAACCUAUACGUUUGGGGGCAUGUGCACCACGGUCGGCAUCAUGGGUAGCAUGAUCAAAUUGACUCCUCCUUUGUGAAUCGAUAGGUUUGGCUCCACCUUUGCUUGGGCAUACUCCUUUUGAACGCUCGCAUAUCUUUCUCCAUCACUACCCACCAUCAUCAUUAUCACCACCAUCAGAAGGUGAUGAUGUGGAUUGUGGCCACUGGCAUGCGAUCAGUCAACAUCCUCAUCAUCCAUGCCAGGCUGGGACUCAAAAGCUUGGGGUGUUUGUGUGUGGACUUGACCCUCUUGCGAAGACAUGAACUCGCUAGCAUUGGCCCCCAUCUGACUAGCAAUCUUUGGGUCGGGCUUACGAAUUAGGUAUUUUUCAUUCUCCAUCCCCAUGCGUAUGUAUUACAUCUUGAAUCUUAUGUUGUAUUGCACAUACAUCAGCUGCUCAAAAUGUUUGACCCAGUUGGUUCCACCUCUUCAAGUGGAUGAGUGAAAACAUACUUUAGUUGCGCUUGUAUCCAAAAGCGAAACAUGUCUGGUAGAGCACCUUAAUUGCUACAUUCCUUAAGUGUGUCUCUCCUAUAUAGCACCCACCAUUCACUUGCAUUAGAAUAUUCUUGGUUAGUGCUGGAAGUUGGAUACAUACAUAUGUGCAAUUGUGAAUUGAACAAAGAAACUAAGUUUAUAAACCUACCAGGAGCAGUAGUUUCCCAACCGGCCUUUGCAGCUGCACGGUCGAAAGUCCCUAGUGCAUCCCUGAAGGUCUUCAUCUAUUUCCAUUUCAAACAUUGAUACAUCAACAUCAGACUGUUAUUGAGACUAAUAGGAUUUAUGGUAAAAACUUAUGUUAGGUGCAUCUCUUCUAUAUAGAACCCACCAUAUGCUUUUGACUGCUGUGACAUGAUAAAUGACCCAUUCAAUUGCUCCAAACAUUCUUUUCUUAAACCUAUAACCGUACCGUGUGUUCCAUGCUAAUGAUUUUUGUAAUUUCUUCCUUUGAAUUCUUCAACUCUUCAUGAAGAGUGUUAAUCAUCUCAUCUUUAAUCUCUUUUUCUUUAGAAAGAUUUCGGAUAAUUCUUUGGAAGACAUAAUUACCUUUUGAAAUAUACUGUUUGAGAAGAGUAAUUGUAUUAGAGACAUCCUUGAGUCCUGGAAUUUGUUCUUGUAUCUCAUCAAAUGGUACCGAGGCUUUUGUUGCCAUAUCUUGGAUUAUGUUCUUCAUCCUUUUGUGUUGAAGAAUAGUUCAUCCAACAUCCUUUUGUGUUGAAGAAUCCCUUUUGAAUGAUCUUUUCAAAAUGUCUCUCUUCAUAUUCUUUCCGAGAAUCCAUUGUUUCUUGCUAAGAUAUAGAUAUCACAGGAACAAGAGAAGUAGUGCAACAAGAAAAACGGUCUCUCUUCAUCGUAGAGAGUAUUUAGGCAAAGAAUUUUAAGACACCAAAUUCCAGGAAGAUGAAGGGGUGUUUAGGGAAUGACAAACUUGGUAAAUGAAUAGUCCGUUCAUUUACUCAAUCUUUGCCCACGAGAUUUAAAACUCUGCGCUACCGGGAAUGACAAACUUUUCCUUUUCUUUGAUCAAGCGAUCAAUCAUUUGUCAAUUCAAAUUUGAAUUCCUCUCUUUCCUACCAAGGACCAAUAAUUGAUCUUCCAAGGACCAAAACGCAUAUUAAAUCAGUCAACCAAUUGAUCUACCAGAAGACUGUUAGAAGAGCACUUUGGGCUGGUACUCGUUCGUCUGAUUGAACAAUUGGAAGACUGCAAUUGGCACUGAACACCUCCAACUCAUUAAUGCAAACGAUAAUCAGGCUACUGAGGACCAAAUAGCAGAUUAAAUUAGUCAACUGAUUGAAAUAUCGGAAGUCUAUGAGAGGGUCAUGGUUUCGAAGUUGUCGUCCAAAGCUAUAAGUUGACCGCUAACAUUGAUUGGUCAGGUAAUUAACAAACGAUUUGCUCGAUCAGUUGAUCGGAACAGGAACUUGUGAUCUCGUACUGUCCAUGCAGGUCAGUCUGACUGUUAUCGUAAAUCGGUUGUUCGAUUACCACAGUUUUUUUUUUUUUAUUGCAAAAGACUGUCUGCCCAUUAAAUAGAUUGGAUUUCAUUACUCAUGGGCAAAAAACAUGGGAUACACGAUAGUAGCAUUGCUUGGGGAAAAAAAAAACAUUGGAUAGACUAUUGUAGACUUGCUUGGCAUUGAAAAAAAAAACUUGGAUAGAGCUGGAACUUCCAGAAGAUAACUUGCAAAAGAUAAGUGAGAUCUCAGUCAGUAGGAGACGGCCCAGCUUGAGGACUACAGUUGGAGGUGGAUAACAUUGAAGCAGUAUAGGAGGAGGAAGUCAUCCUCUGUGGAAAUGCUGGUGGAAGAAUCAGAACUCGUUCACGUACUGCGACAGAAGCAUGAGCACGAGCACAAGCACAAGCACGAGCACGAGCACGAGCACUAGCAGAAGGAGCAGCAUGAUCAGAAGUGGAAGCAUGAUGGGAACCAAUUGUGUGGUUGUUGAGGAUGGAAGGGUCAUUGCUUCAGGGAGAAACCGAACUACUGAGACACGAAAUGCAACAAGACAUGCAGAGAUGGAAGCCAUUGAUGUUCUUCUUGAACAGUGGCAAAGUACUGGACUGUCAGAAUCAGAAGUUGCACAGAAGUUUUCAAGAUGUGACCUCUAUGUUACAUGUGAACCAUGUAUAAUGUGUGCAACAGCAUUAUCAAUACUUGGAAUGAAUGCAGUAUAUUAUGGCUGUUCUAAUGAUAAGUUUGGGGGUUGUGGAUCAAUCUUAUCUUUACAUUCAAAUUGCUCAGAGAACCUUUUCAGAGAUGUAUUUUCACAAGGGAAGGCUUUUAAAUGCACUGGAUCAGUUAUGGCAACAGAAGCCAUCUCUCUUUUCCGAAGUUUCUAUGAGCAAGGGAACCCCAAUGCUCCAAAACCUCAUAGGCCGGUUCACGCAUCACAAAGAGCUUAGGUUGGUCCUAUGAUUUAUUAAUUGUUACAUUCAAGCUUAUGUUAUUUUAUCUGAUUCUCUUUAUUUAUUUAUUUUUUCAUUAUUACUGAUUAAUUAUGAACCUAAUUUAUUCUUUCCAGACCGAUGCAACUCAUAGAUGUACAUUUAUAUACACUCUCUCAAUCAAUCAAGGGGGGGUGUCCAUCUUAAUUUCUAUUUUUGUUAAUCUUUAAAAAUAGUUGAACUGAUCUUACUGCUCUAGCAUCUACUAAGACUUGUCUGCGGCAUAAGAGAUGUUGUAGGAGCUUUGAAAUAAUAUGAUCUACUUGCAUACAUCUGCUCUACAUAUGUUGAUAUGAAGAUUAUUGGCAAUAACUGACUUUACAUAUGAUUACUAAUUAAGAAUACAUCUAUGAUCUAUAUGACCAAUUACUUACAUGAUACAGUUUUAGAUGGACCUCUGCAACCAAAAAUACGCAUGAGUGGAUAGUUGUAGGGAUGCUCAAAUCUAUGUAUGUUGCAGAAUGCUAUCCCAACCGCAAAAGCCGAUAGGAUUGAUGAUCAAGUUCCAACAGCACAAGGCUUUUUUUUUUUUUUUGGGGGGGGGGGGGCUUCUUUUACAAUCUUCUAUCACCUGGUCAUUCCAUCCAUAUGCCAAAAUGUGGAUUUCUUGAAGCCCUAAAGGUCACUAGGCAUACUGGAAGAUAGUGGCUAAUGGUUAAAUCUGUUAAUUGGAAGAUGAGGAAUUCCUGGAAUAGGAAAUGUGUAAAAAUUUAUUUUUUGGGUUUCAAGUAAACUUCUUUUCUUUCCUCAGACGUUUACUUACUCAAGAUCUCCCAAGUGCAAAGGCCUUUACUUGUUCACACACACUCUUUGUUGAAGAGAAAGCAACUAUAAACGAUGGGUGAGAGUUGGACCCAAACUAGGAAAGGAAGGAGGAUAAGAGAGCAUCAAAAUUAGUAGAGCUAAUCCCAGCCAACCUUUGGGCCAUUGGAAUGCUCUUACGAUAUGGGACUAAAAAGAGUAGAAAUGUUUGUUGCCUCCUUCAAUUUAAGAAUUUGUCUCACAGUGAAUAGCUUUGUAGGGGGAAGAUGGAGAAAAGACCAUAAAAUAUGCCUGCGCCAUGAACAAAACAUUAUAAGAGUAUUUGAUGAAGGCCCAAGGCCCACAACCAAAUUAUAGGUUAUUUUCCAAUUAUUACUAUCCCAGUCUAUAUUUUAUUAAGAUUAGUGAAGCUUAUAUUUUUUAGUACCAUAUUGUAGUGGAUUAUUCAUGGUUGUUGGAAACAUGCAGCUAUGAAGUAGAAAUGAAAAACUGAAAUGAUGCAGAAAACUUAAAACAAAUAAUCACACCACACAUAAAAGAUAUAUGUCGUUCGGUAAAAUUGCCUAUGUCUACUUAUAUUUAUGAAGAAUAUGGUUACAGUCGCUUGUCCUCAUGCCGCUCUCAGCUCACAAAGAUUGAACCAUCAUUAUAAAUCUAUAGCGAAGCCUAAAUAAACACUCGAUACCAAAAUACCCAUGUAGACCUAAUAGCCUCGAACAUUUCGGGCCCUACAGCCUCUUAACGGUCAUUCAGAAUUAAUACACAAAUUUAAGUGAUGGAAUACAAGGCAUCGUACCCACAGCACAUGAUGCAUAACAGUGAGUAAGAAUGGGACUGGGGAAUUCCAAUAAUUGCCAUUGUCGUUGGGCACAUCUUGUGCUCUAUCAAAAAUGCUGUUGAGAUUCUAUUCUUCUACACUUUGUCCUGAGCAUAUACCUUGUAUGCCAAUGAAGACUCUUUUUAGUUAAAUGUGUCGGUACAAGAACAGGAGAAAGGGGUUCAGUAAUGUGUCGGUACCUUCUUCUGUUCUUUUGAUAGUGCCAUUAGAUAUUAAAUUUAACCAUUUUGAAACAUGAACCCUUUUGGUCUGGAUUCUUGUUCUGUUUGACUCUUUUAACUAUGAGUAGCAAUACAACUAAAAAUAAAACCUGAUUGGAUGUAAAUUUAAGAGUUGCAUUUCUUGGAUAAUACUUCUGAUUUGGGUGGAUAAAUUGAUUGAUAAUUUGUCUAUUGCACUACAUUUAGCCAGGUACCCAUGUGGACAUGGAAUUCUUAUGCCCUUACCUCCCCACCCAGCUUGUAUGGUAACUAAAGCAGGAUCAACUGAAAGUUGCUCCUGGUUUUCGUUUCUGCUGGAGUUAGGUUAGAUGGUACAGAUUUAAGGAACUAAUGAGGAUUAGGCAGGCCCCAGGAGUUAUUUUCAGUAAGCUAUUCAGCUUACAAUAUUAUAGUUGCAUGGUAUGUUGUUUUCCUUUUUCCUGGAAAAAGAAUUUAUUUAGAGGGAAAGAAAAAGAAAAGACAGAGAGCCAGGCUACAGAAGAUCGGCAAACAGCCCCAACAAACACAACUGAGAAGAAAAAACAGAAAAAUACAUGCUGUUCUAUUCUUUUAAAGGGUGACAGUUCACCUUCAAGUUUCUAGUUGAAACCCCUUCAAAAGAGCUGUUAAUCUGGCACCAAAGAGCUAACAUUUCCCAAUUAUCAGAGAUAGAUUGAUCUUCAAAAGUAUGAGCAUUCUGUGCUUCAUCAAGGAGUUCUUCUGAUUAUAUGCAGCAGAAAUUUCAGCAAAUAUUUUUCAUUUCUCCUGUAAUUGGACCCAUUACUCCAGAAAGCUUCAUGAAACACAUCCAGAUUUCAUUAGAGAAAGAACAAUGAAUAAGAAGAUAAACUGUAUCCUGUGUGUGUUUUGGACAUAAACACCAUCCACUUACUAUGGGGAACUCCUUUGAUUGAAGAAAUUAAAUAUGGAUCUUAGCUGCUGUCCAGGAAAAGAAAGGAAUUGUCAGCUUAGCUUUCCAAUUACUUCUAUGAGGAAAUUUUGAACACUGAAAGGGAGAAGAGAAUCAGAGAAGGAUUUUGUAGAGAAGAUAUCCUUCGAUGUAAUUUCCAAAUUCUUCUGUCAUGAGAAUUGAAUUGAUGUGGUAGAAGAGGUUAAUAGAUGUCAUUAACAGGCUUGUUAUGUGGUUUUUCCUUGAAAUUAUUUUUAUUAUUGUAGUCAUCUAUUGAAUAUCAAAAGAUUAUCCAGUUUCUAUUCAUCGUUUUAGCUGUU